AUGCCGUCGCAACAGGAAAUAGUUAAUAAAUUCAAGCGGAUUGGGAUUGUUGGGUCCGGGAAUAUGGGCUCCAUGAUGGCCUUCGCCUUCUCGGAGCUCGGGCUCGACGUAUCCAUCUGGGACGUGAAGCACGAGAAUGUAGACCAGCUGCUUGAAUCGAGCAAGCACGCCAACUACAAGGAUGGAGGCAAGAUCGAGGGAUUCUACGAUAUCAGCAAGUUCACGAAAAGCCUGGAAGGGCAGGGCGAGCGAAAAAUAUUCCUCUUUUCGAUCACGCAUGGUGAUCCUGCGGAUUCUGUUCUGAAGACGAUCAAGGGUGACCUGAAAAAGGGCGAUAUUAUCCUUGAUGGCGGGAAUGAGAAUUAUCGCCGUACGGAGAGGAGACAAAAGGAGUGCCAGGAGAUUGGAGUUAGUUGGAUUGGCUUGGGUGUGUCUGGGGGUUAUCAGUCUGCUCGACGGGGCCCCAGUCUAUCGCCUGGUGGGGAUAAAGAGGCGCUUGACCUUGUCAUGCCUCUUUUGGAGCUCUAUUCUGCGAAGGAUUCAAAGACGGGACUUCCCUGUGUGACCAGAAUUGGACCCGGCGGAUCAGGCCAUUUUGUGAAAAUGGUUCAUAAUGGAAUUGAAGGCGGAAUGCUCUCAGCUGUUGCCGAGGCGUGGUCUCUUCUCUACUAUGGCAGAGAGCUUGGAUACGAGGAAAUUGCCGACAUAUUUGCAGAAUGGAAUAACAAAGGAGAACUGCGAAACAACUUCCUGCUCGAAAUUGGAGCCGAUCUACUGCGCGUCAAGAAGACAGCAAAGGGCGACGGUAAAGGUCAAGGAGUGGGAGACAAUGGAUACGUGCUUGACGAUGUUUUGGACAAGGUGGUACAGGACGACGAUAACACGGAGGGCACGCCAUUCUGGUCGAUCAUGGAGUCUGCUGCUCGACAUGUCUCUGCACCAACGCUUGCUACAGCACACUAUAUGCGGAUUUCAAGCGGAAACCGCGCGGAGAGACUCGAGGUCGCGAAGAAGCUCAAAAUUCCAACCCCCACUCCUAUUCGAGGUAUGAAGACCUUUGAGGCGUUCAAGGAGCAUCUGCGUCGCGCAGUUUAUGCCUCAUUUCUAGCAAGCUUUUGUCAGGGUCUCGAGAUGAUCGCUCGCGCCUCAGAAGACGAGGGCUGGGACAUCGACCUGGGGAAGUGUCUGCAGAUCUGGCGUGCAGGAUGCAUUAUCCGAUCCGAGGGGAUUGCAGAUAUCCUGCAGCCAAUUCUUUCGAAUAAUAAGGAAUUGACGAAUAUGAAAUAUAUCGACAAGGUGGCGGCAGAGUUGCAGCGAACAUACGGCUCGCUGAAAGAGAUCACCAUUGCCGCUAUCGACUCAGACCAUUAUCUCCCGGCAAUUUCCGCCACUUUGGAAUACGUCAAGUAUGAAGCAGGAACAAUAUUGCCGACCAAGUUCAUGGAAGCGCAGAUGGACUUCUUUGGAGCGCAUGGGUACAACCUGCCUGGAGUGCCAGGGGAGGAUCCAGGACCAGUGGGUAAAGGGGCGCACCAUUAUGAGUGGCGGCCAGCAGAAUAG